CCCUGCUUCUUCACCAUCUCCUCUAGAGAGCCCUUCAAUCCCAAACCUCUUUGAAGCAAAGAAGAUCAGCUGUCUUCAGGUUCGAACAAGGUUGGAACUCCUCGGUCUUGUUCUUCACUCGGCGUUUUCGCCAUCUUCGCAAGGUUCUCUUCUAGUCCUCCGAAAGUUUUCGGGGUUCCGGUAAGAUAUAUUCUCGCACGAUGUUCCACUUCAGUUACUGUCAUUUCUCCAUGCUGACACAGAUCCAAGUGAAAACCCUAACGGGGAAGACCGUAGUCAUCGAAGUUGAGCGCUCAGAGACGGUCCACAACGUGAAGGACAUAAUACAGUACCGAGAAGGCAUUCCCAUGGAUCAGCAGAAGCUGAUCUUCGCGGGCAAGGAGCUCAAGAAUGGCUUCCGGACGCUUGCCGAGUACGACGUUGACAACGAGUCGGUGCUCCACCUCGAUAUCUGCCGAACGGGGAAGAGAAAAGAAUCAGUUGGUCUCGAACAUCAUGGAAUAAGCAUAUCCUGAGAGUUCGUCAAUCGAAAAG